AUGGGGGCUUUCUACAGCCACAGCCAGACGGAGCCGUCUCCAUGCAACCUGCUCACUGUGAAAGUUAUACAGAUGAGAAAUGCCAGGAAAGCAGAUUUGUUCACCCAGUCUGAUUGCUACGUGAGCUUGCGCCUGCCCACAGCUUCGGUCCAGCAGUUCCGCACCAAGACAGUUCGUAACAGCAAGAACCCAACAUGGAACGAAACCUUCCACUUCACCAUUCAGAGCCAGGUUAAGAACAUUCUGGAGCUGAAAGUCUGCGAUGAGGACAGCACAACUCAAGAUGACCAUCUCCUUACUGUUUUCUUUGAUGUUUCCAAAAUCCAGCUUGGAGAAAAUAUUCAGCUCUGUUUCCAGCUGAAUCCACAGGGAGAAGAGGAGCUGGAGGUUCAGUUCAUACUGGAGAGCAGCCCGGAUCCCCCUGAGAACAUUACUACCAAUGGAGUCCUAGUGUCCCGAGAGGUCUCCUGCCUGGAUGUGCAGGUGAACGGUGGAAGGCUGAGGAAGGAGAACCCAGAAAGAAAGUUUGCCUUAACUGUGGAUGGCUCCUACGAAGGAACCCAGACUCAUACCCUGAGCUCCUGUCUCUGCCCGACUUCUCCUGCCAGAUUCCACUAUAUCAAGUACAAUCAAUCAGCAUUAAAUGUGGCCCUGCCACAGCGGAGACGGCUCAGCAGGUCCAUAUCAAGUCAAAAUGAAAUGGUUGCGAAUGAAUCUGUGACUCUAGCUCUGACCUCACUUCCUAUACAAGAGAAAAUAACGAUAGCAGAGGACAGGACGUUCGACUUGUACGCAAAGGCAAAUGGAUGGACUCAGGGUCUGUUUUACAGGCCGAGAAAUCUAGACGCUCGCCUGGGGUUCGACCUGUGUGCAGACGAGCAGAACUUCCUGCAAAACCGUAAGAAGGUGGUGGCUGCCGCGCUGAAGGAAGUCCUUCACCUGGAGGAAGACCUGCAAGAGCACGAGGUGCCUAUAGUGGCUGUGACUACAGCAGGAUGUGGGAUAAGAGCACUCACUGCCAUGUAUGGCAGCAUUUUGGGCCUUCAAAAGUUAAAUGUUCUGGAUUGUGUUUCAUACAUCAGUGGCUCAUCUGGUACAACAUGGACUAUGACAAAAUUGUAUGAAGAUGCAGACUGGUCACGUAAGGAUCUUGGAGAAACAAUAACUGAGGCUCGUAAACAAGCAGCCAAAUGCAAGAUGGGAGCCUUCUGCUUGAGAAGUCUGAGGAACUAUUACAAAGAGUUGAGCCAAAGGACCCAAGCAGGACACAGGACAUCUUUCAUUGAUUUGUGGGGACUUAUGAUUGAAGCCAUGUUAAAUGAUGGGAAAUGUCACCACAGACUUUCUGACCAACGAAGGGCAGUGAAUCAGGGCCAGAACCCGCUGCCCAUCUACCUUGCUCUCAAUGUCAAGGACAAAGUUACCACCAAAGAUUUUAGAGAGUGGGUGGAAUUCACACCAUAUGAGGUGGGAUUCCUGAAAUAUGGAGCCUUCAUUCGGGCAGAGGAUUUUGGCAGCGAGUUCUUCAUGGGUCGCCUGAUGAAAAAGGUUCCUGAAUCUCGCAUCUGCUUCAUGCAAGGAAUGUGGAGUAGUAUCUUCUCCAAAAACCUCUUGGAUGCCUGGCAUGCAGCUGACAACUCAGAGGAUUUCUGGCACAGAUGGACACAAGACAAAGUAACUGAAAUAGAAGAGCAACCAGACUUGCCUGAGAAGCCCUACGAGAUGGCAACAUGCAUGUACACGCCUGCAAGUGGCCUCUCCACGGCUCUCCGGGAUAUUCUAACGGAUCGUCCCGCUGUGUCGAAAUACCACAACUUCCUGAGGGGCUUCCAGAUGCACAAUGAGUACAUCCAGCAUGAGCAGUUCUCUAAAUGGAAAGACACCUUGCUAGACAUGUCUCCUAAUGAUCUGAGAGGCAAUUCAGAGCACCUGGAAUUGGUAGAUGCUGCUUUCUUCUUUGAAACUAGCUGCCCACCACUUAUGAGACCAGAGAGGAAGGUGGAUGUCAUCUUGCACCUCAAUUAUACUGGUGGAUCUCAAACCUUGCCUCUGGAACAGGCCUGUAGAUACUUCUCCGAGCAGGGACUUCCUUUUCCCAAAGUUGUGCUGCAGGAAGAUGAGAAGAAGAAUCUGAAGGAGUGCUACAUGUUUGAUGAUACGGAGACCCCAGGUGCUCCGAUACUGCUGUAUUUCCCAUUGGUGAAUGACAGCUUCCAAAGAUUUGUAGCACCUGGCAUGACCCGUAGUGCUGUGGAGAUGGACCAGGGCAAGGUUGAUAUCUCCGGCUGCUGCUCUCCAUACUCCACUCGGGAGGUCUCGCUGAAAGCAGAUGAUUUCAACAAGCUCCUGAAGCUGACUAAUUACAACAUCAUGAAUAACGAAAGCAUGAUCCUUCAGGCCUUGCGCACUGCUGUGGCACGGAAGAAGCAAGCUCAGAGCCACCAAGUGCCACAGUCUCAGCCUUCUGCUUGA